UGGCAUGUAAUGGCUGCUUGAGAGAGCACGUUGCCGAAGGCUGUCGCUCACAUAAACAAUACUCGUUUUUACGGCUAAUAUUCACAGCCGUGGGAUUACCUGGAGAAAUAUGCCUUGUCACAACCAACAGAUUAGCAGUACCAGCAGUUCUGAUCACUCCGUUAUGAAACAAGUAAGGUUUGCUAGCAAUGGCAACGGUGUCAACUUGAAUAACAUCUCAGUAGAGGAGCAUCAUUCAGAUAACGAGGUUGACGCGAAACCUAAUGGUAGCGAAGUUAACGGAGACCUGCACUUACAGCUGGAACCGCAAUUGAAACUUCUACCUCUGAAUGACCAAAUUCGGGAAUUGCAGACCAUCAUAAGAGAUAAAACAACAAGCAGAGGAGACUUCGUGUUUUGUGCUGACCGCCUGAUUCGCCUUGUGGUUGAAGAAGGACUCAAUCAGCUACCCUACACAGAAUGCACUGUGACCACUCCGACAGGGCACAAGUAUGAAGGUGUCAAAUUUGAGAGAGGCAACUGUGGAGUUAGCAUCAUGAGGAGUGGAGAAGCUAUGGAGCAGGGCCUGAGAGACUGCUGUCGCUCCAUCCGCAUCGGCAAGAUCCUCAUCCAGAGCGAUGAGGAGACGCAGAAGGCUAAAGUGUACUAUGCCAAGUUCCCCCCUGACAUCUACAGACGCAAGGUCCUACUCAUGUACCCCAUUCUGAGCACUGGGAACACGGUGAUCGAAGCCGUCCGGGUGUUGAUUGAGCACGGUGUCCAGCCCCAGCACAUCAUCCUCCUCAGUCUCUUCUCCACUCCCCAUGGGGCCAAGUCCAUUAUCCAGGAGUUUCCAGACAUCACCAUACUCACUACAGAGGUGCACCCCGUGGCCCCCACACACUUCGGACAGAGAUAUUUUGGCACAGACUAACCACCCCCCUACCACACCCACCAACCCAGCCUAGUGUUGCCACCUGUCCCGAUUUUACCUCAUUGUCCCUGUUUUCAAUGAUGUGUCCAGGGGUAAUUUUUUAAUAUAUUUUUCCCGCUGGACAUUGAAUGAAGGACACCAUUUCUUAAUAGCCAAAGGCUUGAUGGGAUUUGGAAUGUUCCCUUUUUUUUGGCAGACAGAGGUGGGAACUUUAACCCACCCCCUUGCCUGUAUUGCCCUAAAGAAUGUAAGUGUGUGUGUGUGUGUUGUGUGU